AUGGGAAGUGUUUCAGAACCCCGAGUCUCUCUGAGCAAGCGCCUCAUUGUGUGCUGCGACGGAACAUGGGAAGAUGGCAACUCCGAGGAAAUCAACAACCCGCUCAGCAACAUCACUCGGAUUGCGCGCGCGCUCAAGACCCAUGCCGAAGUAAACGUGAACGGGGUGCGCACAAUCAUCCCGCAAGUCACCUUCUAUCAAAAGGGAGUCGGCACGGGAGUUUUGGAUUCGUACGUGGGAGGCUUAACCGGAGCCGGGCUCAGUGCUAACGUGCGAGCCGCCUACGCCUUCAUAGCUGAAAACUACGAAGAAGGCGACGAGCUGUUUUUCUUCGGCUUCUCGCGCGGCGCAUACACAGCGCGCGCCGUAGCAGGCCUAGUCGCUGACAUGGGCCUCCUGACGCCUCGAGGCAUGGACAACUUCCCCAUCAUCUACAACGACUACUACAAGAAGAAACGCCUAAGUUAUGACGACGAAACACGCGCCUCGCUCGGGUUUCGAGACCAUCUGCCGCGCUUCACCAUCCGACUCAUCGGCGUCUUCGACACCGUCGGCUUCCACAACUUCCGCAUCACCAGCAAGCUCUUCGGCGAGAAAUUCGAAAUGCCCAACACCCGCCUGUCCCCGGACAUCCGCUACGCAUUUCACGCGCUGUCUCUCGACGAGAAACGCAAGGCCUUCGCGCCAACCCUUUGGCACGCCCCUUGCAAGCAGCCCGACCAGGAACUCCUGCAGGUCUGGUUCUCGGGCGCCCACGCCGACAUUGGCGGUGGCGAGGAAGACCCGCGCCUCUCCAACAUCACGCUUGCAUGGAUGAUAGCGCAUUGCAGCAAGGACAAGCAACUUGAGUUCGACCUCGACUACCUCUUCCCAGACCCGCUGCCCAUCGUCGAAGAAGCGCUUGUUUCGUGGGCCACGAGCCAGGGGAAAGAGGAGAAAUGGGAUUUGCAGGUUUGGCUCGAAGGGCUUAUACUCGGCAGGGCGAUUCGGUCGCCGCUGCAGUAUGUGGAUGGGAAUGAUACCGUGGGCUAUACGAAUGAGUGGAUUCAUGAGUCGGUUAGGGACAGGAAUAUUGACAGGUUGGACAAGUUCACAGCUAAGUUCAGGCUCUGGGCGAGUCGUGUCGUGGCGCGGAGGUUGGAAGGAGAGGAAGGCCAGGGUGCUGGCGGUCGGCAGUGGCUGCUGAAGAAUGGGAGUGUGAUUCGAGAGGCCGAGGCGAUUGGCACAGAGUUGUUUCUGAAGGGGAGAAUAAGGAAGGUUCGGGCGAUCCAGGUUGAUCCUGUAUAG